CCAAAACCCAAAACCCUAAAUACAACGCUCUCAUAGCACACAACCAAAGCCCCGAAUUCAGAGAGAAGAUGAAUCACAUAGCAGCAAUGGAAGAACAAUUGGUAUCAGAGAGAAUAAAACAAAAGCUAAACCAAGUAAAUCUUGCUGCCCAAACCCAUCUCUCUCCCGUCCAAGACCAUGUCAAUUUCACCCUUCAGCGAGCCUACUUCAAAUGUGCAUAUGAGUGUUUUGAUAGGAGAAGAAGUCAACAAGAGAUAAGCAAUUGUGUCGAAAAUUGCAGUGUUCCUGUUGUGACUGCUCAACAGAGAGUUGAGGGUGAGAUGGCCAGGUUUCAAGAGAGGUUGAGUAGGGCACUGAUGGUCUGUCAAGACAAGCAUGAUGUAGCUAAGCAACAAAAGGCCACAAAUACGCUGAACAAUUUGGAGUCAUGUGUUGAAGAGGCAACCCAAGAGAGCAUAAAGACACUGCCACAUCUUGCCGAAACAUUGAAGGCUUCCUUGUCGAUCAACAGUUCAGUGAGUAAUAAUUAACCUAUCAGCCCGUGAGAAUUGAUAAUGGAUAUCAAAUUUUUUGAUGCCUGAAGGCAAAGAAACAGUCAUGUACUUUUUCGCAAUUUAUCUUUUGUUAUGGGGAGGCAACCCCUGAGACCCGUCUUGUCGAUCAUGAAAUGCGGUGUGCAUAAAUGGAAGUGCAAAUAACUAGAAAUUUGGUUCAUCUCAAAAUUGGUUUGGUAGAGCGCA